AUGGAUCGUCAAACUCAUAUGUUAUAUGAACAAUCAGUUGUAGACUCAAAGAAGCUGCAGAAACUGGAUCAGUUUUUGACCUUCUUGGAACAUCGGUUCCUUACAUUGGAGGCUACCGGCAGUGAUAAGAUAAAUCACACCAAAAAAGGCACAUGCGCUCAGAUUGAUCAACCAGGACAGUCAAUUGAUAUUGCUCGUUGGAAACUUCCAAAGCAUAUUGAAUUAGCAGAUCCUAACUUUGACAAAGCAGGAAAGAUUGAUCUACUCUUAGGAGCAGAACACUACUACGAUAUAAUGCAGGACAAGCAUUUAUCGUUGGCUCUAACCGAAGAAGAUAAGGUAGACCAACAAAUUACGAAAUUUUGGGAACUGGAUUCAUUCUCAACCGAUACACCAUGUCUAUCACCACUGGAGAAACAAUGUGAAAUGCACUUUCUCCAGAACAUUCAGACUGCAAUUGAUAAGAAACCGAUUGUUAGUCUCCCAUUCAUGGAUAAUGCUUCAGCCCUGGGGGAGAGUCGUGAUCUUGCGACACGACGAUUCCUUUCUUUGGAAAAACGGCUAUUGCGAGAUCCACAAACUAAGGCAAGUUAUGUGGAUUUCAUGAAAGAAUAUGAAGCUCUUGGGCAUAUGAAGGAGAUGCACACAAAUGAAAUAACAAAAGCACGGUACUUCAUACCACAUCACUGUGUGCUCAAACCUGAAAGUGCAACAACCAAAUUAAGAGUGGUUUUCGAUGCAUCUGCAGUUACGUCAUCAGGAAAAUCGCUCAACGACUUACUGCACAAAGGACCUACGGUGCAAAACUCUAUAUUUUCAAUUUUGCUGCGAUUUAGGACUCACAAAUAUGUUUUCACGGCGGACAUAGAGAAAAUGUACCGUCAAAUCUGGAUAAAACCCGAGGACCAAUAUUUCCAAACAAUUGUUUGGCGCAAUGAUCCAUCUGAGGAUUUGCGAAAAUGGUGUACUAACAAUUACCAAGUUCUACAAGGAGUUCCGAGGGAAGACAUCACUUCAAAUGUACAACUGGAGGAGACUUCAUAUGAGGACUACACGAUUAAGACCCUCGGAAUCACCUGGACACCAACGACAGAUCACCUUUGUGGGAAAACGGAGAUAGCAACAAAGGCCAACAUAUCAAGACGAGAUGUUGUGUCUGAAAUCUUUAGGAUAUUUGAUCCUCUUGGUUUAUUUUCCCCAGUUGUAAUGAAAGCAAAAAUUUUCAUGCAACACCUCACAAAGGAGGGUUAUGGGUACAAAGACGAUCUGCCGGCUCAUCUUCAGGAGGAAUGGAAACGCUACAGGGAGGAGCUAAAGGUUCUGAACACCAUAAAAGUACCACGUCACGUAUACUCAGGAAAAACACCUGUGACGGCAGAAAUCCACACAUUUGUUGAUGCCUCGGAGAAAGCAUAUGGAGCUGCUGUAUACAUCCGAGCAACAUAUAAGGACAAGCGAAGAACGAUCCAGUUAUUAUGUGCAAAAUCUCACUUAGCACCAAUUAAUACAAUAACUCUACCACGUCUGGAACUUAAGGCUGCUGUAUUAGGAGCACAGUUGACUUCCAAAAUAAAGGAAGACUUGGCCAUGAAAAAUGCAUCCACAUAUUACUGGUCUGAUUCACGGAUUGUACUGUCAUGGAUUAAUUGCUCAUCAUCCAUUCGAGAUAAAUUCGUUGCCACUAGAGUUGCAACAAUACAUGAGCUAUCCAUACCAAAACAGUGGAGACAUGUUGCAUCAGAACACAAUGCAGCAGAUGUCCUCUCCAGAGGAAUGACAGCUUCAAAAUUCGCGGAACAUGCCAUGUGGUUCUACGGCCCUAUGUUCCUACAUGGUUCAUCAUCCACAUGGCCGUCUCCUUUUAUUGCUACCAACGAGGAAUUAAUAAUUAUGAAUCCGCCAAAGGUUAGUCAACCAUCCGUGAUGACUAUCACAAAAGAGGAGGACAUAAUAUACACAAUACAGCAUAAUAAUUCGUUUAACAAGCUACUCAGAGUAAUAGCUUACAUGAUGCGCUUCCGACGUAAGAAGAAAUACAUAAGCCACACCAUUGAGUUUGAAGAAAUAAUGGAAGCCCGAAAAAUUGUUUUCCGCAACAUUCAAAAUAUCGACUUCAAAGAUGACAUCAAACAUCUCAAGAGGCAAAGGGAGACACUAAAGGGCAGUUCAAUCAACUCACUAUCACCAUUCUUAGAUCAGAAUGGAAUUUUGCGUGUAGGAGGUCGACUGGAGGCGGCAAAUAUAUCAUUCGACUCCAAACAUCCGAUACUUCUGCCAUACAACGACCCUGUUGUGAAGAUGAUUCUUGUGCAAAUACACAAGGACAACAUGCAUUGCGGACCUCAGGCUCUAUUGACUACAUCAAGGCAGCAAUUCUGGAUUCUUAAAGGAAAAACUAUGGCUAGGAGCACGGUAAAAGCCUGUGUCAAGUGCACUAAAGCUAAGCCAAAAUUAAUGGAGCAGAUCAUGGGAAAUCUGCCACCACUUAGAGUAACGCAAGCUCGACCAUUUUUCAACUCUGGCGUCGAUUAUUGUGGACCAUUUAAAAUCCACUACAAAGUGAGAGGAAAGAAGCCUAGCACAGCUUACAUUGCCAUAUUCUGCUGUUUCGCGACUAAAGCGGUGCAUCUCGAGCUGGUUAGUGAUCUCACAACAGAGGCAUUCUUGGCAGCACUUCGUCGUUUCAUUGCUCGGCGAGGGAAAUGCCAAGUUCUUCACUGCGACAACGCAACAAAUUUUGUGGGAGCAAAAAACAAGUUGCAGGAAUUACAGGAGGCUAUAUUCUCCGAUAAUGCGAAAACCCAAAUUCUCCAGGAGUGUAACAACAAGGGAGUUCAAUUUAAAUUCAUUCCACCUCGUGCACCACACUUCGGAGGAUUAUGGGAAGCUGCAGUAAAAUCGGCAAAACAUUUAUUACUGAAAAAUGUGACGACAGCCGAUCUUACUUAUGAAGAACUGGAAACAGUUAUAGUCGAAAUAGAGGCCAUAUUGAACUCUCGACCAUUAACACCACUGUCCGAUGACCCAAAUGACGUUACAGCACUAACGCCUGGACACUUCCUAAUUGGAGAGCCGCUAACUGCACAAGCUGAUUGUGAACCAUCGCAGCAACCAAAACGUUAG